UUACUAGCUAAACAGGACCCUCAGCCCUGAAUACACAAUUUUAUCCGAUUGAUAUAUCAAUUAUUUAAUUUAAAAGUGAUCGAAGAUAUGUGAUCAUGCGUCGUCGAGUCGAUGUUUUAUGACCAUCUAGGUUUAAAAUUAAAGUAAAGAACUUAGUUUGGAAUUUUCGAAAUAAAACGCCGAUUAGUUCCGCUCAUCGCAAAAAUAUACCGAUUUAAUUAAAAUUCGCAAAAAAAUAUACAACAUUUUUUCGCCAGUCGAAAAACUACCACCUACAAAUAUAUUAUCAUAAAAAAACAGGUAUCGAUAUAUUCAUAUGUUUAUAAAAUUCGGGGACAACAAAAAAUUUUGAAGAUCAAAUCCGUCGCGUCGCCGAAUAAUGGCUGAUCCGAAAAACGAAAUGGGUACCGAAGCUGGCACAGCAAUGGACAGCGAAAGCGGUAGAGACUCCUCAGUCAGCCCAAUGGAAAUAAAUAUAUCCAACACAAAUUGCAAUUCGAUGAUAGUUCUGAACGAUUUACGUCUGCUGGAGCUGAUUACCAAGUAUCCUUUUCUGUAUAGUAAAGCAGCGCAGCCGGAACAGGACUCGGAAUACGACGAGUGGGCCUGGAAUCAGAUUUCGAAGGAGUUUAAUGCCAGCUACGAGAACUUGCCGCUGAGUGCCCCCUUCUCGCCAGACGAGCUGCAGUGGCGUUGGAUCUUGCUGCUACCGACCAUGGGCACCCUUUCGAAGGCGAAGGGACAAAUUCCCUUUCAGCUGUGGUCCCUUGUGACGGAGAUCGAACGCUCGCUAAGUACAGAAAAUUUGGAACCACCCAGGGACUUGAGUAUGGCCCAGAACUUUCUACUCACUCAGCUGCCAUUGGUGGAGGCGAUGACGCUCAAUGAGCGUCGGCGACUGGAAGUCGAGUUCCUCGAUAUCUUAUUCCAACACGAAGUACCACUGGGUCCCGAAGAGCAGGCCACAGUCAAGACCGAAUACAAUGAAUUCCUCAGAUCUGUUCGGGUCAAGGAGCUGCCCAUAUCGGAUCUGGCACAACUCUCGCUUGAUGGUCCUCAGUACAAACGAGUCCAACCAAAAAUCGCACACACUUUUGCCAUCCCAGGUCCCCGUCCCAAAACCAAUCUGGUCAUUAGCAGUGUGUCUGGUGGCCAGGAUCUCAUUAAUGUCCCGACGGCGACUGUUUUCAUACCGAUUCAAGCUUUCACGAGCAAUGUGGUUGGACCCAUUAAUCCCGCGCCGGACGUUUCGACACCGCUUGAUAUCAAUGUGAUUGGUGCCAAGAAGGAACCCGUUGAGUGCCCGCCGUCUGUUUCACCACCGCUGGACAUUAAGACAGAGGUGGAGGUGGCCCUUGCGGCCAUUGAGCUUGCCAUUGAGAUGGAAAAUGUACGGGAAAAUAACCCAGAAGAGGCACAAGAGAAAUCACCGGAGAAAAACCGCACUCCCGUGGAGAAGCCCGAUGAUGCCACCCUAAAUCCUAAUCCGCGGUAUAUACCGAUCAAGAGCGCCAAGUACUACACAAAGAAGCUACUCGUUCGGGUGAAACGCAUUGAUCAGGACGAGUAUUUGCCGCUGUCCAGCAUGGCAAAGCGCCCAAAGAAACGUAAAUCCAUGUACAUCAAAUGCACAUAAGUUUAUUUUAAAAAAUACAUUACUAUAAAUUACAACUUAA